CUUGCCUUACCAUUCUUUUCUCGUCUUCCUAAACUCUGCCCCACUCUUAUGGGCGUGAGUAUAAGUAUCUCCCCAAGCAUUCUCAGCCCCUCUGCUUUUUCGAAUCCUACCUCUUUCCAUCCCUAAACCACUACAUAGUACACAACAGCAAUGUCUGCCUCCAAGCCCGUGAUCCUCCUCAUCUCAGGAGGCUGGCACGUUCCCACCUCAUACGACAAGCUCACCAACCUUCUCAAGUCAUCCGGGCACGAAGUCCACGUCCCCGAGCUACCCUCAAUGAACGGCGCGCGGCCCCCAACAGCCGAUCUAGAAACCGACACAACUGCUUUUCGCGAAUACGCAUUGAACCUCGCCAACGCUGGCAAAAAUGUCAUUGUGAUCUCCCAUUCCUACGGCGGCCAAGUAGCUACCAAUAGUCUUUCGGACCUAGCAAUCUCAAACCGCAGCAAACAAGGUCUGACUGGUGGAGUACUUCACAUUGUCUCACUGUCUUCCUUCACCGUUACUGAAGGACGAAGCAUGUUUGACAUCGUGGAUCAGUUCGGUCACGCGUCGUUGAUGCCCGUGGCAUUCGAUUUCGCGGAGGAUGGAACCUGCGUGGACCGCGACCCCAAAGGUCUGCUUGUUACGCCUGGUCCGGAUGAGGCUGAGUCUGAGGUAGAAUGGUAUCUGGGGACCCUCCAGAGGUGGAAUGGCAAGUGCAUGUACCAGCCUAUUACCGCCGAGCGGGCUGCUUGGAGGGAUAUUCCUGUGACGUGUGUCUUGUCGACUAGGGAUAUGACUGUUCCUGUUGACUACCAGAGGUGGAUGGUUGAUAUGAUGAAGAAGGAGGGGGCAGAGGUUGAGGCUUUUGAGCUGGAUGCGGGUCACUCGGUUGAUUUCAGUAAGGCCAAUGAGGUGUCUGAGAUUGUGAAUAAUGUGGUAGCCCGCUAUGAGGGGAAGUAAUGCGAUUGCAAUUUAGAUAGCUACGAGGCUCACUCGGCUUAUUUUAAAACUCAGAAGGGCCUUAAGAAACCUGCCUUGUGUGCGG